CCCCCCCCUCUCUCUCACGCCGCUACCGCUCGCCGGCGAUUCGGUCACCGCCGGCCGCUCCCGAACCACAUGAGGAAUGGGAUGCCUCCUCGGUAAGCUCACGGUCUUGGACGGCUUCGACCCCGGCGGAGCUCUCUCCGCCUCCGCGGGCGCUGCCGCCGGUGACGACGAUGACAACCGCUUCCGCGUUUCCGCGCCGACGUCGCAGCUCCGGCGCGGCCUUCUCCUCUCCGCCCCCACCGAUCCCUCCGGGUGGCCGCUCUGGCUCUCCGCCGUCGCCGGCGACGCCCUCCGCGGCUGGCUCCCCCGCCGCGCCACCUCCUUCCAGAAGCUCGAGAAGAUCGGGUCGGGGACGUACAGCAACGUGUACAAGGCGAGGGAUUUGGAGACGGGGCGGGUGGUGGCGAUGAAGAAGGUAAGGGUGGAGAGGGUGAAUGGGAAGGAGGCGGAGGAGGGUGUGAGGUUCAUGGCGAGGGAGAUAUCGCUGCUCCGCCGCCUCAACCAUCCUAACGUCGUCCGCCUUGAGGGCGUCGCCACCUCCCGGAUCGCCGACUCCCCUUCCCUCUACCUCAUCUUGGAGUACCUUGACCACGACCUCGCUGUCCUGGCCGCCUCCCCUGGUGUCCAAUUCUCCGAGGCCCAGGUCAAAUACUAUAUGAAACAAUUACUUUCUGGGCUUGAGCACUGCCACAGCCAAGGUGUCCUGCAUCGUGAUAUAAAGGGUUCAAAUCUGCUUCUUAAUAAAGAAGGAAUUCUUAAGAUAGCUGAUUUUGGACUAGCUACUUCCUACGAUCCUGAUCACAUGCAGCCCAUGACUAGUAACGUCGUCACUCUAUGGUAUCGUCCUCCCGAACUCCUGCUAGGUGCUACUCAUUAUGGUGUUGGCGUUGACCUCUGGAGUGUGGGUUGCAUUUUGGCAGAGCUGCUUACCGGGAAGCCAAUACUUCCAGGAAGGACAGAGGUGGAACAGUUGCACAGAAUUUUUAAGUUAUGCGGAUCCCCAUCAGAGGAUUAUUGGAAGAAAUCAAAGUUACCGCAAAAGCCUACUUUUGGACCAUAUAAGCGUUGUAUCGCAGAAACAUUUGCAAACCUUUCACCUUCUUCACUGUCUCUCAUUGAGACAUUCCUGGCAGUUGACCCUGCUGAGCGUGGGACAGCCACUGCUGCUCUUAACAGCGAAUUUUUCACCACAGAGCCUUAUGCCUGCGAGCCAUCAAGCUUACCUCAGUAUACUCCGACCAAAGAAAUUGAUAGGAAUUUGAGGGUAGCUAAAGCUAGAAUGCAUAGGAGGAUUAAUGGGAAAGAAAAUUGUGAAGCCACAAAAAGAGUCCAAUUUGGACAUCUUGGCUGUGGAUCACUGCAAGCUCCAGAAGCAAAUGCUGACCCAUACGUGAAACUGGCUCGACGGAGACUGAUGACCGGUUCAAGCAUCAUAAGCAGAUACAAGAGGUUUCCACCACCCCAUCUCGAUGCAGCAAUCGGAUUCCCAAGGGACGUGUUGCAUGAAAGCACCGAAUCCUUCAGCAUGAUGGAUUUAUCAUUUGAUUCUUCAAUUGUUGGAGCCAAAAGAGUGCUGGGUGGCACAUUGCCUGGUUCAGUAGAUCAUUCAGGUAGGGGAACUUCCAGGAGGAAAAUCAGAAGCAAAGAAUACCAUUACAUGACUCCCCAUAGUGUUCAAAUUGGGGCACUUAGGCCAUACUCAAAAGCUCAUCUGAUGGAGCCAAGAAAUAAAAACAAAGCAUACAUAAGAUCUAGGAAUUAGCCAUUAUCAGCACAGUCAUGUGAGGUGCUUCGAAGGUUUGUACUUAAAAUUAUAAAAAUUUUCUUUAAUAUACAAAUUCAUAUUAUUUCAUUCUA